UAUCUGCGUGUAUAUAUCGAUCGAGGCGUCGGUUCCUUGAGACUCGCGUGAAAUUUCGUGAUUUCUUCUCAAUAAUCACCUUUCUGGUCCAGAUCUUUCUCUCUCUCAUACGCGUAAUCUGCUGCUAAUUGAUCCCGAUCCGGAUCACAAUUUAUUUACGGUAUGGCUACUUACGAGCCAAAGAACAUCCUUAUCACUGGAGCUGCAGGCUUCAUUGCCUCUCAUGUUGCUAACCGGCUGAUCAGAAACUACCCUGAUUACAAGAUCGUUGUGCUUGACAAGCUUGACUAUUGUUCCAAUCUGAAGAAUCUUAACCCGUCCAGAUCAUCCCCCAACUUCAAGUUUGUGAAGGGGGAUAUCGGGAGCGCCGACCUCGUCAACUACCUUCUGAUCACCGAGUCGAUCGAUACCAUCAUGCACUUUGCGGCACAGACUCACGUCGAUAACUCGUUUGGCAACAGUUUUGAGUUCACAAAGAAUAACAUCUACGGAACGCAUGUGCUUCUAGAAGCCUGCAAAGUCACCGGCCAGAUUAGAAGGUUUAUUCACGUGAGUACGGAUGAGGUGUAUGGAGAAACAGAGGAGGAUGCCGUUGUUGGUAACCAUGAAGCUUCGCAACUUCUUCCUACGAACCCGUAUUCAGCCACAAAAGCUGGUGCGGAAAUGCUUGUUAUGGCUUACGGUAGGUCAUACGGGUUGCCCGUGAUCACCACUAGAGGAAACAAUGUUUAUGGCCCAAACCAGUUUCCGGAAAAACUAAUCCCGAAGUUCAUUCUCCUGGCGAUGAGAGGACAACCGCUUCCGAUUCACGGUGACGGUUCUAACGUAAGGAGUUACCUCUAUUGCGAAGACGUUGCUGAGGCGUUUGAAGUAAUUCUUCACAAGGGGGAAGUUGGUCAUGUUUACAACAUCGGGACCAAAAAGGAAAGGAGAGUGAUUGAUGUUGCAAAAGAUAUGUGUAAGCUUUUCAAUAUGGAUCCAGAUUCAAGCAUUAAGUUUGUGGAGAACAGGCCGUUUAACGAUCAGCGGUAUUUCUUAGACGACGAGAAGUUGAAGAGCUUGGGUUGGUCCGAAAGGACCAUAUGGGAAGAGGGUCUGAAAAAGACCAUCGAGUGGUACACGAGUAACCCGAACUGGUGGGGAGAUGUCUCUGGAGCACUUCUGCCUCAUCCAAGAAUGUUAAUGAUGCCAGGUGGCGUUGACAGACUCGUUGACGGGCCGGAAAAUGCUGAUUUUGAUUCAGCUGAUGUGGCGAUCAAUACUUCUCAGAUCGGAGUCCAGAUCCCUAGCUCGAAAGCCAGUGGCAUUGCUCCUAAGAAACCGGCUUUGAAGUUUCUCAUUUAUGGGAAAACAGGGUGGAUCGGUGGUUUACUUGGGAAGUUAUGUGAAAAGCAACAGAUUCAAUACGAGUAUGGAAAAGGUCGUUUGGAAGACCGUUCGCAACUUUUGGCUGAUAUUCAAACUAUUAAACCUACUCAUGUUUUCAAUGCUGCUGGCGUCACUGGCAGACCAAAUGUUGACUGGUGUGAAUCUCACAAGACGGAAACUAUUCGUACCAAUGUGUCGGGCACACUCAAUCUAGCUGACGUAUGUAGAGAACAUGGACUCUUGAUGAUUAACUUUGCUACUGGAUGCAUCUUUGAGUAUGAUGCUAAACACCCCGAAGGUUCCGGAAUCGGUUUUAAGGAAGAAGAUACGCCAAAUUUCACUGGGUCCUUCUAUUCAAAAACCAAAGCUAUGGUGGAGGAGCUUUUGAAAGAGUAUGACAAUGUGUGCACGCUUAGAGUCCGAAUGCCGAUUUCAUCCGAUCUCAACAACCCACGCAACUUCAUCACCAAGAUUGCUCGUUACGAUAAAGUUGUGAACAUACCCAACAGCAUGACAAUCUUGGAUGAGCUUUUACCGAUUUCAAUGGAGAUGGCAAAGAGGAAUCUGAGGGGAAUCUGGAACUUUACGAAUCCCGGGGUGGUAAGCCACAACGAGAUUCUUGAAAUGUACAAGGAGUACAUAAACCCAGAAUUCAAGUGGGUAAAUUUCACUCUGGAAGAACAAGCAAAAGUGAUUGUGGCCGCACGAAGCAAUAACGAGUUGGAUGCAUCAAAGUUGAAGAAAGAGUUCCCCGAGCUGCUAUCGAUUAAGGAGUCGUUGAUCAAGUACGUAUUCGAACCGAACAAGCAACAGUGAAAAUGAUAUGAUGAUUCUUUAUAGAAUUUGUAGAACUCAAGAUUCACUUGUGUUUGGUUACUUGCUAGUUUGGUUUUGGAUUAUACAUCUGUAAUGUUUAAAGUCAUAUUCGUUCUAGUGUUUGUUUCCAAGUAUCAUCAUACAGAGAUUAUAGGAGGCGAGGUUGAUUCUCUAGGCGUAUUUUAUAUUCAUCAUUUUGUCUACAGUUGGUUUGUUCAACAGUUGGUCGGUUUUCGAUAUCUUCUCUUCAGUUCCAUUAGAAA